AUGGGAAUUCAGGCCAAAGAUGCAUCUGGAUUAUCAUCAACUGCUAAAGUGAUCAUAGAUGUAAGUGAUGUGAAUGACAAUCCACCCAGAAUCAUUCUGAAAUCUUUGAAUAACCCAAUACCUGAGAAUUCAGUGCCAGGUACUGAGGUGGGUAUCAUUAAUAUUCAAGACAAAGAUUCAGGAGAAAAUCGGCAGAUUCGUUGUUCUGUUCAGCAAAAUGUUCCUUUUAAACUAAACCCAUCUGUUAAAAACUAUUUCUCUCUGGUAACUACAAACACUCUCGAUCGAGAGAAACAAUCAGAUUACAAUAUAACUAUCACAGCAACUGAUGGAGGAUCUCCACCAUUAUCCACCUCAAUGACAAUUCAUUUAUCUAUCUCAGAUGUGAAUGACAAUCCUCCUGUAUUUGAGCAGCAGUCCUACAGUACUUAUGUGACUGAAAACAACAAACCAGGCACAUCUGUUUGUUCAGUCAGUGCAAAUGAUCCAGACUGGAGGCAGAACGGCACUGUACUUUACUCUCUGAUAUCCAGUGAGUUCAAUGGUGUUCCAGUGUCCUCAUUUUUAUCUAUUAAUGGAGAUACAGGAGUGAUUCAUGCUGUAAGAUCAUUUGACUAUGAGCAGUUCAGAAACUUUUCAGUCCAAGUUGUUGCCAGAGAUAAUGGCUCUCCACCGCUCAGCAGUAAUGUGACUGUGAAAGUCUUCAUAACAGAUGAGAAUGAUAACUCUCCACAGAUAUUAUAUCCUGUUCCAGAUGGAAAAUCUCUAAUGACUGAGAUGAUCCCUAAAGCGACUCUCUCAGGCUCUCUGGUCUCAAAGGUGAUCGCUGUGGAUGCUGACUCUGGACAGAACGCAUGGCUCUCCUAUCAGAUUCUGAAGUCUACCGAUCCGGGACUUUUCAGCAUUGGUCUCCAUAGUGGAGAGAUCAGAACACAACGAGACAUUUCUGAAUCUGACACUAUGAGGCAAAACCUCAUAAUUUCAGUGAAGGAUAACGGACAACCAUCUCUCUCUACAACCUGUGCUGUAAAUUUACUAAUUUCUGACAACCCUUCUGAAGUUCCAGAACUUAAAGAUAUGACUUAUGAGGAGAGCAACUCCAAAUUAACAUCAUACUUGAUCAUUGCAUUAGUGUCCGUGUCCACCUUCUUCCUGACGUUCAUUACAUUGAUUCUGGUCCUGAAGGUUUGUCGCAGAAGAAAGCCCAGAAUGUUGUUUGAUGGAGCAGUCGCUGUCCCCAGCGCUUAUCUGCCUCCUAACUAUGCAGAGGUGGAUGGAGCAGGAACUCUCCGCAGUGCUUACAAUUACGACACAUAUUUAACAACAGGAUCACGCACGAGUGACUUCAAGUUUAUUACAUCUUAUAAUGACAACACACUUCCUGCUGGUGGUACUCUGCAACAGGAACACAACAGACACUUUGACACGAGCAUGAUAACACUGGACAUUACAGAAGAUGACAACGAGGUAAGAAAUGUUCAUUGUUAA